GUCAAUGACAUAAAAUUGUUUGGUCUCCUCUUGAAAAUGGCUGCCGUGUUGGAUGAAGUCGGCAAGUCUGCCGAAAAAUUGGUAGACGAAGAAAAAGACGAAAUGGUCGACGAGGAAGAUGAAACUGGCGCAGUGGAAGCUUCGAAGAAGAAAAAAAAGAAGAAAAAGAAGAAGAAAGCUGGAGCUGGUGAAGCUAGUGCAGAUGUUCCGGAAGGGGAAGAAGACAAACCAAAGCAAGAUAAUGCUGAAGAAGGUGACAUAGAUGCAACAGAAAAUGAUGCAGAAACAGACGAUGCUAAGAAAAAGAAAAAGAAACGUAAAUCACGUGGAAAAGCUGGGGGUCCUAAGCAACAAACAGAUCCUCCGACUAUUCCUGUAUCAGAAUUGUUCCCAGAUGGGAAUUUUCCAAUUGGGCAAAUAAUGGAUCAUCCUUCGGCUGCAGGAAUAGAUGACAGAACAGCUAAAGAUCGUUUUUCUAGCGAAGAAGCACGUGCUUUCGAUAGAAUGCAUAACGAUAUCUACAAUGAAGCAAGGCAGGCAGCUGAGGCUCAUAGGCAAACAAGGAAACAUAUUAUGAAAUGGGUGAAACCUGGAAUGACAAUGAUAGAAAUUUGCAAUGAGUUGGAAAACACGGGUAGAAAAUUAAUAGGAGAAGAUGGAUUAAAAGCUGGGCUAGCAUUUCCAACUGGCUGCUCAAGAAAUCAUUGUGCAGCUCAUUACACUCCAAACGCUGGAGAUCCAACUGUUUUAGAAUAUGACGAUGUAACCAAAAUAGACUUUGGUACACAUAUUAACGGACGAAUCAUCGACUGUGCAUUUACAUUAGCAUUCAAUCCGAAAUACGACAAACUCAUCGAAGCGGUUCGUGAUGCAACAAAUACUGGAAUUAAGGCUGCUGGUAUUGAUGUUCAGUUAUGUGACGUUGGUGCUGCAAUUCAAGAAGUUAUGGAGUCGUACGAAGUUGAAUUAGACGGCAAAACUUAUCCUGUGAAAUCGAUAAGAAAUCUUAAUGGUCAUUCGAUUGCUCCGUAUCGUAUCCACGCUGGAAAAACUGUACCGAUAGUUAAAGGGGGCGAAGCUACCAGGAUGGAAGAAAAUGAAUUCUAUGCCAUUGAAACUUUCGGAUCUACUGGGAGAGGAAUCGUUCACGAUGAUUUAGAUUGUUCUCAUUAUAUGAAGAGCUUUGACGCUGGUUUCGUCCCACUGAGAUUACAGAGCAGUAAAUCGCUACUUAACGUCAUCAACAAGCAUUUCGGUACUUUGGCUUUCUGCAAGCGAUGGUUAGAUCGUGUUGGUUGCACAAAGUAUCAAAUGGCUCUGAAGGAUCUAUGUGAUAAAGGUGCCGUAGAGGCUUACCCACCUUUGGUUGAUGUCAAGGGAUGUUACACUGCUCAAUUCGAGCAUACUCUCGUUCUACGUCCAACGUGUAAAGAAGUUAUUUCUCGCGGAGAUGAUUACUGAAAUGUCUGUUAUUCUCGAAUCGCGUUACAUGUAUUGAUUAUAUCCUUUAUCUGGGAAUGUACAAGUUGAUUUAUAUAAACUCACACUGAUGACGAACAUUAUUAUUAAUAACGCGAUAUUUAAUUA